AUGGAUCGUCUUAGAGAACGUCAUAACCCUUAUCCUGAACGAAAACCUCUUAGUAAUGUCAAUGUCAUGAAAUGUAAAAUGCGUGGUCGUGGAAAAAGUUUAAGAGUUCCAGGUGGAAAUAUACCAUUUGAUAGGAAUCCACAGUUUCGCGGUCUUCAGCCACCAAGUCCUUUUUGGGACGAGUCUAAAACUUUCGAGCCUCCUCCAGCUCCUCAUAUCGUAGCCGUUCGUAAUGGACCUAGUGUGCAAGAUAAUAAUGUUAAGUUUAAUAAGAAUGAUCCCGCUUUCCUUGAAGCGCGUCUUGCACUUGAACGUCCUUGUCGAACUCUAUUCAUUAGAAAUAUUCAGUAUGGUUCCAAAACUGAACUCGUUCGAUCGAAAUUUGAAGAGUAUGGAGAGAUAAGAGAUAUUUUUGAUAUAAUUGAGAAGAGAGGAAUGUUAUUUCUAAGUUUUUAUGACAUACGUGCUGCCGAAAAAGCAAAGGUGGAAAUGCAGAAUUAUGAAUUUGGAGGUCGCAAGAUCGAUGUACAUUAUUCAUUGCCAAAGGAGAACGAAGAAAUGAUAUAUUGUGAUCGGGACAAGAAUCAGGGUACACUCUUUAUAACUCUGAAAGAAGGAAAAGCUCCACUUGAUAAUGAAGCCUUAAUACACCAUUUUUCACAAUUUGGGGAAGUUAAAGUCGUUCGAGAAUAUCGUACUCAUCCAAAUCAACGGUUUGUAGAGUUCUGGGAUAGUCGAGCAUGUACACGAGCUCAUGAUGCUACCUUGAAUGCUGAAUACAAUGGAGGACAUUUUGAUUGUAAAUUUGCUUGGGACGUAUCUGCAAAACAAAGAGCGGGGAAUAUAAUAAAUCGCCUUUCGAUAGGAAAUGAAAUGUUACUUAAACGUCCUACAGAUAUUAAUAAUUUCGAAAGGAUUCCAUUUCACGAACAUGCUGAUGAAAAUUUUGUCAACCGAUCAGCUGACGUUGAAGAAUUUCUUAAUCGAUUAAGCCCGCAACUUCUUGCUGGUGAGAUUAAUCAACGUUACCAUGAAAAUGGAUAUCCUUGUGCCCGAGAUGCACACGAAUAUUCGCCUGAAAAUGGAUAUAAUGGAGCUUUUCCUUCACCACAAUCUUCACAACAUUCUUCACCACCAAAUCAACGUGUUACACCACAAGCCCAAUUCACUAAUAUGAAAACUGAAUCAAAAAGUGCCAUUGACUUUGGACCAUUGUCGGAAACGGAACGUUUGGAGCAAGCCAACAAAGUUCAACAGAUGAUUUCUAUGAUUGCGGCUACACAAUUGGCUCAGGUGACCGCACAGGCCCAAUCCCAACCACAAGCGCCGACCCAAGUUCCACAUUCAAAUGUAUCAUUGUAUCCAGGACUUGUUGGAAUGCCACAAAUGCAAAAUCAUGCAACGUUUACACCUUCAGUUAAUUGUACAACGAUGAACACUCAAGUCGCACCUGUAUUAAGCAACACAGUUUAUAAUAAUGCCUUAGGAAUUACCCCAGGUGUUAAUCCCGUCGUGAACCCCGCAUUUUUAAAUGCGAUUGUUAAUGAGAUUAGUGCUGGUAAUAACCAUCAAAAUGUACAAGCUUCUAAUUCAGAUAAGAAUCAAACCGAUACCAAUACCAAUAUGUCACAAUCAUCUCAAAGAUCUAAUACGAUUCGUGUCAACGAAUUGUUGGCUUUAUUGGUUCAAAAACAACAAUUUGACGCUAACUCUGUCAUGUUGCAACAGCAGCAACAACAAUAUGUUGGUACUACUCAGUACAAUAACAAUAUCAAUACACAACAACAAAUUAUUCCCGGUGGAUUUCAAUAUUCUUUAAUUCCUCAACAACAGCAAACCUAUCAACAGAAUAAUGUAACAACAUAUCCCAAUCCAUAUGAAUCAUUACCAUCACAAAAACACAACAAACUGUUGAAGCUAAACAGACACAAUAUUAAUGAGUAA